ACUGCUUCAAAUCAGAAGAAAGUUGCACAAAAUGAGCGAACCUGCUCAAACUAAUUAUCUGAUAUCAGACCCUAUGGCGGUUCUGUCACUGUGUGAUCUUCCAUCUAUCAACACAGCCGAAGUUCACGGGUUGAACCAACAGCUGCAAAACAUCGAAGCAUUGCUGCUCGGAUCAACACCUGAUCAUCACGGUGUUAAAGCAGUCGGAAUUAUUGGAAUGAGUGGUGUGGGUAAGACUAUGCUUGCCCAUUCGGUUGUGCAAAGUUUUCGAAUCCAGAAGAAGUUCUCGCCCAUAAUUUGGGUCGGACAUUCUAAAUAAGGGAAUGCACCAAGAACUGUCGCCAGAUAUUUGUUGAGAGAGUCGGAUCCAACACAAGCAUUUGAAGGUAAUUCUGAUCUUUGUGUGCAGAUGAGGGAGCUUUACUCUCGCUUGUCCAAUAAGAAAUACUUGAUUGUUCUUGACAAUGUAGUGCAUGAAGAUGAGUGGUACUCUGAUUUAUAUGUUCCAUCUACUGAUUCAUAUACCACCGAUAGCACGAUAAGCUCUAUCCGACUUUCGCAUGGCUUGCCAAAGGAAGGUGGGGGCGCUGUAAUAGUCACUAGUAGACCCGAGGAUGUAGCCAUAAACAUGGUGGGUGAGCAAAACUUACUCAGACUCCAGCCCUCAUUCGACGAAGAGGAAAUUUGGUCCAUAUUCAUGGAUUCAGUUCGAAGAAAGGAGUUUGUAACUUCAGAUCAUCAUCCAACUUUGUCAAGAAUGAAGGAUGAAAUUGUUGACAGGUGCGACGGCCUUCCUUUAGCUGCAAGGACGUUGGCAGAGAUCAUUUCUAUUCAACUUGGCAAGGAAGGGUACGUAGUUAGUUUUUCAAAGCUUAAUCUUGAAAUUCUUGGUUUGUCACUAGUAUUUUGAAUUUUUAUUUUUAUUU